AUGGCCGGUACUCCAGCUGCUUCUACUCAAGUCGAGCAUUCUACUCCUGUGCGCGGUGUUGGAACAUGUGUUAUUGGGAAAGUGGAACGCGGUUCGGUGAAGGCAGGGGACGUGCUCGACAUCCUUCGAUGGGGCACCAGACGUCGCACGAUGUGUACAAGAGUCUUAAAUAACGAAGAGGUAAAGGAUCAUGACACGGUUUAUAGUCGAGUCACGCUGGCGCUUAGGGGGGUUGACACUACAGAUGUCAAGCGGGGUAGUGUACUGACCACUCCGCCACCGGCUACUCCUAACCCGAUGGACGGCAAGAGCUUUAAAGCUUCUGCACAAAUUGUCCUAGUUAAUCCCGAGGCCCUGGAGGAUGGCCAAGAGGUGGUUGUGCUGAGUAGCAAGGGCAAAAAGAUUGGAACUGCGACUGUGUCUAUGCCUUUGGAAUCGUGA